UGUCUCUAAGCGGUUAUGAUGAAGAUGCCUAAAGCAGGAUGAUCUGUGAAACUCCCGUGUCACCCCCAGAAUCACGUGAUCAUCCCCAACUGAUGCCCGGGCCGAGCUCUGGGACGGGAGCAGGAGCCUCGCAAGCUUUUGUUGGACGUGAUUCUCGCAGAAGGAAUUGUUUGUUGAAGGACAAUCAACAGAAAACAAACUGAAUUCAAUAAUGAUUACGGUGAAUCUUCGUGCAAAGUCGCCAAAGGCAAAGAUCGCGCGUCUGCCGCCGACGCUCGACACCGACGCGUCGGCCACCGUCGAGUCUCUCGUCGGUUCUAUCAGCGCGGCGACCAAGUUGGGGCCCGAGAGAAUACGGCUGACGUUGAUUGAUAACACGAGACUGUUGCCGGGAACGCUGCUGGAGAAGUAUGACUUGCAGGACAACUCAAUCAUCUACGUCAAGGAUCUCGGAUAUCAAGUCAAGUGGGCGACCGUGUUCUACAUCGAAUACGCCGGUCCGCUCGUGAUCCAUCCGCUGCUAUACCACUUCCAGUCGCUGUUUUACCACCAGGAGUUUGCGCACUCGACCAUCCAGACGACCGUUCUCAACCUCGUGCUUCUGCACUACCUCAAGCGCGAGCUCGAGACCAUGUUUGUCCAUCGCUUCUCGAACGCCACGAUGCCGGUCUUGUACAUCUUCCGUAACUCGUUCCACUACUGGGUCCUCUCGGGUGUCUUGCUCGGAUACUUUGUCUACGCGCCCAACGCGUGCGCGGAUCUACCCCCGUGGGCGUACUACGCCCUCGUCGGCUCCUGGGUCUUCGCCGAGAUCUCCAACUUCAUCACCCAUCUCAUCCUCUCAUCCCUGCGCCCCAAGGGCACCACGCAGCGCAAGAUCCCCUACGGCUACGGCUUCAGCAUGGUCUCGUGUCCCAACUACUUCUUUGAGAGUCUCGGCUGGCUCGCCGUCGUCUUCUUGACCCGUAACUGGGCCGCCGCUGUUUUCUGGACGGUCUCGACGGUGACGAUGUUCAAGUGGGCGCUCAAGAAGCACAGCAAGUACAAGCGCGAGUUUGCGGGCAAGUACCCGAAGAACAGAAAGGCAAUGUUCCCGUACAUUGCCUAAGUGCUGUAUAGAACGAAAGCGAAUGUUGACUCCCUACACCAGCAAGAAUGUGUCCUAUACAGGCCGUUUUGCUGAUGCCUGCUUGUUUUGCAAUCUGUUUAGUAUACAAAGAGACCGAUAUAGAAAAGUUUACAAGAUCAAUAAAUACACAAUGACUCGCAACACCUA